UAAAAAAAAUCAUUAAAAGCUCAUUUAUUAAGUGCAAGGUUCAUUGGUUAUUUCAUUGUUGUGUUACUUAUUUUGACGAGUGUUGACUUAUUUUGACAAAAUGGUUUUGGAAAAGGAGAAUUUUGCCGAUAAAAUGGAAAACCUGAUCAAGAGCACCCGCAAAGUGUUGACGGAAAACGGAGCAAACGUCACUACCGCGCCUCAGACCAAAGCUAUUACCAGCACGAUGGAUGAGGAAAUGGACAACGGUGCCGAUGAUCCGAAGCAGCUGGCCAAGAGUGAGUUGUCGGAGGUGCAUAAGAGCGAACCGACACGCUUUGAUCCGUCGAUCGAGCCCCUGCUGAGGGACAACCCUCGCCGAUUCGUCAUUUUCCCGAUCCAAUACCACGAUAUCUGGCAAAUGUACAAGAAGGCUGAAGCUUCUUUCUGGACCGUUGAAGAGGUGGACCUAUCGAAAGACAUGUGCCACUGGGAAAAAUUGAAACCAAGUGAACGUCACUUUAUCUCGCACGUGCUGGCUUUCUUUGCGGCCUCGGACGGCAUUGUCAACGAGAACUUGGUCGAACGGUUCAGCCAAGAGGUUCAAGUGACGGAAGCGCGCUGUUUCUACGGGUUCCAGAUCGCAAUGGAAAACGUGCACAGCGAGAUGUACUCGUUGCUCAUUGAUACUUACAUUCGGAAUCCGGAAGAAAGAGAGUUCCUAUUUAAUGCCAUUGAAACGCUGCCUUGCGUCAAGCGGAAGGCCGACUGGGCACUCAAUUGGAUUUCGAGCAAAGAGGCAAACUUUGGCGAGCGGGUGGUUGCGUUCGCCGCCGUGGAGGGUAUCUUCUUCAGCGGCAGCUUCGCGUCCAUUUUCUGGCUGAAGAAGCGUGGCCUGAUGCCCGGUCUGACAUUCUCGAAUGAGCUGAUCUCGCGUGACGAAGGCCUACACUGUGAUUUUGCUUGCCUCAUGUUCAAGUAUCUGGUGCAGAAGCCCUCGCCGGAACGCGUGACGGACAUCAUCAAAGACGCGGUUAUUAUCGAGCAAGAGUUUCUCACGAAAGCCCUGCCGGUCGACAUGCUGGGCAUGAACUGCGAACUGAUGUCUCAGUACAUUGAGUUUGUCGCCGACCGAUUGCUGGUAGAGCUUGGCUGUGACAAGGUUUACAACUCACAAAAUCCGUUUAGCUUUAUGGAAUUUAUUUCGCUCGAAGGCAAAACGAACUUCUUCGAGAAGAAGGUCGGCGAGUAUCAGAAGUGGGGUGUGAUGGCCAAACGGUCGGACAACGUUUUCACGCUCGAUGCUGACUUCUAAAAACCGAUGCAGCAGUUCUCGACAUCAUCGCAUGCGUGCUUCACUCUUCCACCGAUCGAACGCAUCUGGAAUGCGUGCGAAAACCGGUGCACUAUCCUAUACCUAUUUUUUCCACAAAUGGUUUUUUUCGAUACAAAAGGCACACCAAAAAAGAAGGACGAAGACGAAACAGUGUGAUUUAGCUUAAAGGAAGAGUUUCGAAACAAAGGACAAACGUUCAUGUGAACGAACGACAACCCUUUCCGGAUUUUAUAGUUCAAGCGGAGGCCUGGUUAAUCCGUAUUUGAAUAUUUUCAUAUCGACGCAAAUAUCAGUUGUAGUACAGUCAUUCAUAGAUUAAUCUCCUUAUCAGUAAGUCGACAGCGCUUUGUUUUGAUGAUGGUAGGAUCUCAACUAAGAAUGGUACUUGUAAAAGAGCUCGGUUCUCCUAAACCUUUAGAAAGAAAACACGUAGCAAAAGGGCCUGAUUUAUACAAUCGGAUUUUGACGCCAGCGCUAACGCGGAAGUAUCUUAAUACACUUUCAACCACCCGCAAGGGACAGCCUUUUCUUAUCUCGCCUCCCACAUCCUUCCUCCGUAGUGACAAGGAGUACAGAAUAGAGCUGCGUAUCGCGAAAAUACGGUUUAAAUUGUAAUUAUAUAUAACUAUAUUUUAAUUACGUGCAUUAUAUAUAAUACAGUUUCAUAUGACAUCGUUUUGGUGAAUCUAAAA